ACGGGACGUGCACUUUUUUGGCUUCGGAGUCGUGAUCGUGGACGGGUUCAGUGGAACGUAUUUCCGCUGACUGGAACAAGACGGAACCCCAGAUUCUGACCCCGCAGCCGUCGAUAGUCAACCCCGGCUCAUCGAUCUAGUCAGCCCGGGGUAGCCGUUCAUUGCGCAAAUUGUAGUACUAGAAAUACGCACUGAUGGUGUGGCGUGAUGUUCUUUACUCAAACCGACUGUGCGUUUUGCUUGGGAAAAGGCUCAAGAUCACAUCAUGUUAUACGAAUCUCCAUACAACGCAGGAUUCACGAUUCCUGAUGUGGAUAUAACUUCACUCGUGCUGGACCACAACUUAAAAGGCGAUGUUCCAAGCAAGCCUGCGAUCAUUGAUGGAUACUCUGGACAAGUUGUUUACACAUACGGAAGCUUAAGAGACAAAAUUCGCCUUUUCGCUGGCUUCCUGCAGAAGGACUUGAACAUUGCUCCUGGCGAUGUUGUUGCGUACCUCUCCUACAAUACGACAUACUAUCCGAUCAUUAUACAUGGUCUGCUGGCCGCGGGCGCUGUCGUUUCUGCCUUCAAUCCUGCCUACACAGCCGAGGAGCUAUGUCAUACGUUAACAUUGGCGAAGCCAAAAUAUGUGUUGGUGCAGUCAGAGCUCCUCGACAGCUUGGAGAAGGCACUGGGUCUGAUAGAUGGACUCUUCACACCAAAGCUGCACGUUCUUGAUGGGAAACACCAAGUCCACCCCUCAUAUUCCGUGUUGGACAUCCUCGCUCGUGACGAGUACGCCUCAUACUUCCAAAGAUACCAUCGUAGCCCGAAGCAAGUCGCGUCAGAUGUAGCCUUGAUUUGCUUCAGCUCGGGAACAUCAGGCCUGGUAAAAGGCGUGCAACUGACGCACGGAAACGUCGUCGCAAACGUCACGCAACAAGGCCGCUGCCUCGAUAGUAUGUAUCAACCAGACACCGUCUUCACGCUUGUCGUCCCGUUCUUCCACAUCCUCGGACUCGGUGGGUUCUGCAUUCAGUACCUCUGCCACGGCGCCCCGAUCGUAGUCUUUCGAUCCUUCGACCUCCCGAAGAUGCUGGAGUCAAUCCGUAGAGACAAGGUGACACACGUGAACGUGGUACCGCCCAUAGCGAUGGCGAUACUGCGCAGCCCCUUGACAGCAAACGCCGAUUUCUCGUCGGUCAGAUGCCUCAUGAACGCUGCUGCUCCGCUGAAACCAGAGCUGGCCGACGAACUGAGUAAACGCAUGGGCUGCGUCCUUACGCAAUGGUACGGAUGUACUGAGGCGAGUCCAUCUAUCAUCUCCCAGCGUGAAGACGAAACCCACAUCCGUGGCACGGUAGGCCGACUACUUCCGAACAUGCAAAUGCGUGUAGUCGAUGCCCAGGGCGCAGACGUCGAAAGAGGCACGCCGGGAGAGCUGUGGAUUCGCGGUCCAAAUAUAAUGCGCGGCUACGUGCAACACAGCGCAACGACAGAAGACGGCUUUCGCGACGGCUUCUUUCCAACUGGAGACGUGGGGUAUGUGGAUGAUCAAGGUUUCGUCUACCUAGUUGAUCGACUAAAGGAGCUCAUCAAGGUGAAAGGCAACCAGGUCGCUCCAGCCGAGCUGGAAGCCCUGCUCUUGACACAUCCGGACGUUACAGAUGCCGCUGUAUGCGGAGUGACCGUUGAGGAGGAAGGGACGGAGUAUCCUGUUGGCUACAUCACGACGGAUUGGGCGCGAGACUCGCAUGCCGCGCUGAUCGAGACACUCCGGGAGUACGUUGAGAAGCGUGUCGCUCAUUACAAACGCCUGGUUGGCGGCAUCCACGUUCUCGAUGCCAUACCAAGAAACCCAUCGGGAAAGGUGUUGCGUCGGCGCCUACCAGUGAAGGAGGAUAAGGCAGUCGCAGAAGCAAUAGCUUUGAAGAUUACGAGUCAACGUCGCUCGAAGUUGUGAUCUUGUGGCGCGAACAUAUAUAGAAGCCCAACCAAGAUGGCUGUAUUCGUCGGAUGUAUGGUGAUCAAGUCAUGAAUGAGGCGAUCGAGACGGAAUG